AAAAAAAAUUGUAGAGAGAGAAAGAGAGAGAGAAGAACACUGAGAGAGUGAGACACGAAGAAGACUUUCAUUUUCAAGCUUCGAAUCACCGAGAAAAUCCCUUCGUUUCAAAUCUCUCCUUUUGCUAUCCUCACCUGAUCAGCAUUAUUAGUUGAGGGAAAAGAAGUUUCUAUUUCAGAACUUACUUGGAGAUUGUUGAGUAAUGGGAGAGGAAGAUACAGUGGUUGAGGCAACUGAGACUGCUGCAAAUGGGACAGACGCGAAGGAGAAAACUGCCAAUGAUGUGACUAAGAAGAAAGCAGCGGAAAGUGAUGGCCCCAAGGAAAUGGAGGAAGAUAAUAAGGAUGAUGAUAAAGCUGAAUUUGAUAAAAUGGAAGAAGACACUGAGGCGAAGGAAAUCAAAGAUGCAAAAGGAAAAGAAGAAAUAGGGGAAGGCAAAGUAGAGGUUAUGGAAGAAGACAAUGGUCCAAAUAAAGAAGAGGAGGUUGAAGGAAAGGUGGAAACAAAGGAAGAGGUGGGUGAGAAGGUCGAUGGGUUUAAGGAGGAAGAAAAAGUGAAAGAUGAGAAGGCUGAAGACACUGGGGAGGAGAAAGAGUCAAAGAAGCGUGGAAAAGGCAAGAGUGGGGAGAAGACCAAAGAGAAGAGGAAGGAAUCAGAAACAAAGAAGGAGCUAGAACCAAGGACUCCUGCAAUUGAUCGCCCUCAACGGGAGCGGAAAUCAGUUGAAAGGCUGGUGGCAACUGUCGAAAAAGAAUCUCACAAGGAAUUCCACAUUGAAAAGGGCCGGGGUACACCACUGAAAGACAUACCCAACGUGGCUUUUAAAUUAUCAAGGAGGAAAACAGAUGACACCUUCAAAUUAUUGCAUACAAUUCUCUUUGGAAGAAGAGGAAAGGCAUUUCAGAUCAAGAGCAAUAUUUCCCGGUUUUCCGGUUUUGUGUGGCAUGAAAAUGAGGAGAAGCAAAAGAUUAAAGUUAAAGAAAAGUUUGAUAAAUGUAACAAAGAGAAGUUAUUGGAAUUCUGUGAUGUUCUGGACAUACCGAUUGCCAAGGCUACUACCCGAAAGGAAGAUAUUGUUUCGAAGCUGAUUGACUUCUUGGUGGCCCCUUAUGCUACAACAGCAGUGCUACUUGCAGAAAAGGAGAAGUCAAAUAAAGGGAAAAAGCGUAAGAGAGCAGCCAAAGGAAGCUCAUCAGCAUCAGGGGGCACUACAAAACGCUCAGUCAAGAAUCGAAUAAAGAAUGAGGAUGAUUCAAAAGCGGAGGAGAAAAAGAAUACAACUGAUACAGAAGAUGAGUCAUCAGAAGAAGAAGAAGAAGAAGAAGAAGACAAAGAAGAAGAUGAAGAAAAUGAGGAGGAAAAUGAAAAUGGUGUUCCGGACAAAUCUGAAGAUGAGCUGCCUGAGAAAUCUGAAAGUGAAGAGAAAAGUGAUUCAGAAGAUGAAUCUGAAGAAGAGGUGGAAAAACGUAGACGAAGUUCCAAAAAAGCUUCUCAGAAGAAGGAAUCUGCUGGAAAAGCUAAAACCAAGAGAACCACAGUUUCACCUAAAUCUAGUCCCCCACCUAAAAGAACACCAAAGAAAUCUGCGUCUAAACGUUCUAAGGGCGAUGAUGGUAGUGAUACAAGUCCAAAAGUAUUCUCAAGGAAGAAAACAAGUGAAAAAGUGGCAAAGGCCUCUACUCCAGCAAAAGCCGCCUCCAAGGAGAAAACUGGGAAAAGGACUGCCAAGGGGAAGGAGAAGAGUAAAAAGGAGAAAUCCAAGCCAACUGAUGAUGAGUUGAGAGAUGCUAUAUGUGAAAUUCUUAAAGAAGUUGACUUCAAUACGGCUACUUUUACCGACAUUCUGAAACAGCUUGCUAAGCAAUUCGACACAGAUCUCACGCCAAGAAAGUCGUCUAUAAAGAUCAUGAUCCAGGAAGAGCUUACAAAACUGGCUGAUGAGGCGGACGAAGAUGAAGAUGGAGAUGGAGAUGGGGAAGGCGACGCGGAGAAGGAUGAAACUCAACCUGCGGAGCAAGAGGUAGAAGCCUGAGAAACAAGAUGGAAGUGGACGGACGCAAUGGAAACAGAAGCACAAUAACUUAUCUAUUUCCUCUUUUGCCCUUUGACUUUUAUUCGUGGAUGCAUGUUGUAUCUAGUCUCUGAGCAAGCUUUCUGUAAUUUCAUGUCGGUAUUUAUGUGCUAAUUGCUACAAGCAAACUAGUGAUUGAAACCCGAGAAGGUGGUAAAUCUCAAGGUGUACAACAAGAUUUGUAGCUUUCUAUGCAACACAUUAACAUAUUUUGUAGGAAUUUUCUUUUAUCUUUAAUAGAACUGACCCUUUGUGGACCA